AUGGUUGGGAGCAUAUUUCAUAAGUUGCAACAGGAUGUGGCACGGGAAGAGGGUCCAACAGGGACAAAGCAACUUGUUCAGGGCUGUAAGGUAGGAGGGAGCCUUACACCUGUCAGUGCUAGAGAAGAAAAUGCGCUCUGCAGAGUUCUCACUUGUUCAAUCUCUGGCGACAAAAGGAAGAAAAGCAAUGAAUCCGAGGUUUCUGCCACAGAUCUGCUGGAAACCAUGCAUAGGCGGAACUGCAGUAAAGACUGGGGUCUUUCCGCGCAUCUCCGACUCCUGACUGUCGCGUUCUCCCACAGCAGAGAGCCAAAGGCUCUGGACCUAGGGGUAGGGAGCAGUCAGCACCAAGCAUCGCCGCCUCAUCCCGGGGCUGACGCUAGUGGUACCCCCAACGUAGAUGUGGGUGUAGGCAGUGCUGGGCUGUUGGAGAGCGCAAGCCGCAAGCCGCGGAGCGUGAGCGCGGUGCGCCGGCUGGGGAACCCAGAGCGCCAGGCGCCCCAGGCUGGCAGGCGCCGCGGGACCCCCCUCAUCCUUUCCGACUGCCCCUCCCCGAGUACCCCCACCCCCAGUGCCUGCAGAAGUCCCCGGGCUUCCCCCAAAGGAGCUCACCUCGAGGGGCCCGGAUCUCUGCGAGCCCUCCACCGUCCCCUCCAGCGCCGCCGUCGCCACCGCAGCAGCCCGAGCAGCAUGGUCCAGCUGGGGAAGCUGCUCCGAAUCCUGACUUUGAUGAAGUUCCCCUGCUGCGUGCUGGAGGUGCUCCUGUGCGCGCUGGCGGCGGCGGCGCGCGGCCAGGAGAUGUACGCCCCGCACUCCAUCCGGAUCGAGGGGGACGUCACCCUCGGGGGGCUGUUCCCCGUGCACGCCAAGGGUCCCAGCGGAGUGCCCUGCGGCGACAUCAAGAGGGAGAACGGGAUCCACAGGCUGGAAGCUAUGCUCUACGCUCUGGACCAGAUCAACAGCGAUCCCAACCUGCUUCCCAACGUGACGCUAGGCGCGCGGAUCUUGGACACUUGUUCCAGGGACACUUACGCGCUCGAACAGUCGCUCACUUUCGUCCAGGCGCUUAUCCAGAAGGACACCUCCGACGUGCGCUGUACCAAUGGCGAGCCCCCGGUGUUUGUCAAGCCAGAGAAAGUAGUUGGAGUGAUUGGGGCUUCAGGGAGUUCGGUCUCCAUCAUGGUAGCCAACAUCUUGAGGCUUUUCCAGGUAGGGGGGCGCUCCCUCCGGGGCGGAGUGUGCUGUGGCUCCCUGCGCUUACAACCUUAA